CGUCAUCAAGAUAGACCAGUGAAGGGCCAGGGACUCCAGGGAGAGAGGAAACAAAUUUGAGAGAAAAGGAGGAACCAGAAGGAGAGACGAGAAAGGAUUGUAAUAAAAGAGUUAAGCGGCAGGCAGGAACAUCGCCAUGGUCGAGACAUGGGUGAGGUGAUAAUAAAGCAAGGCUUCCUGUACUUUCAGCAGCAGCAGACUUUUGGGAAGAAGUGGCGGCGAUUCUGGGCUGUGCUGUAUGGAGAGUCCAGCUGUUCCUUGGCCCGGCUGGAGCUUCAGGAGGGCCCUGAGAAACCCCGCCGGGGGGAGGCUGCUCGUCGAGUCAUCCGGCUCAGUGACUGUUUGCGGGCAGCUGAGGCUGGAGGGGAGGCUGGCAGCCCUAAGGAUACCAGUCCCUUCCUGUUGGAGACCACUGAGCGCUUAUGCCUUCUAGCUGCCCCCACCCUAGAGCGCAAUGAAUGGCUCCAGGCCAUUUGUCACCUGGCUUUUCCGUUGCAGAGAAUAGAUCGGAGGGAGCCAAUAGGGCAGGAAGACUCAACUUCAAAGCAGCAUGGUUUGCCAUGCAUGGAAGAGAAUGUCCUGUAUAGCAGUGCACCCUCAGUGACCCCAAAGAAGGAUUUUGUUGUGACUGUGAGACCCACAGAAGCAAGUGAGCGGUGUCGGCUUCAGGGGUCUUAUAAACUUCGGGCAGGAGAGAGCGCUUUAGAGCUUUGGAGUGGCCGUGAACCAGGCACUGUACUAUAUACUUGGCCCUACAGAUUCCUUCGACGAUUUGGGAGGGAUAAGGUCACGUUUUCCUUUGAGGCAGGCCGGCGUUGUGUCUCAGGAGAAGGGAACUUUGAGUUUGAAACCCGUAAGGGCAAUGAAAUCUUUCUGGCUCUGGAGGAUGCUAUUUCUGCCCAGAAGAAUUCUGCCUCUUUUGGAACCUCUUCUCAACCAACUGUAGUAUCAUCAUCCUUACCACUACUUGAAAAUCCAUAUUCCCGGCCUCAUGACUCCCUCCCCCCACCAUCCUCAACCAUUCCUCCUUCCCGUUAUCCCAGAGCCCCAGAGGGUGAGUAUGCUGUACCCUUUGAUUCAGUGGCUAGGUCCCUGUUGGGGAAUAGCUCCAGGGAAGCAAUGCCCACCCCUCCCCAUCCCCCUGUGGACCCACUCUAUGACUGCAUUGAGGAACGGUUGCCGCAUCACCCUGAUCACAUCUAUGAUGAACCAGAGGGAGUGGCUGCCUUAUCCUUGUAUGACAGCCCCCAGGAACCCCAGGGUGAGGCCUGGAGGACACAGGCCACAGCUGAUGAUGGUCCCACACAACCCUAUCAAGGUGGACUGGGUGACUUCUUGGGGGCUGCCCUGUCUGGCCGGUCUGAGGGAGCUGAGUAUGACAAUGUGGUCCUCAAAAGGAGCCCAAAGUGAUGGCAAAGAAGGAGAAUUCAAGGAGUCUAGCCCCUGGGAUGGUCAUGGGCCUUGAUUAUGGUACCAGCAGUAACCCUGAGGGGUAGGAAAGGAGGAGGAAGGGAUUGAAUCACUUUUUUUCCUUCCCCAGUCUUCUCUCAUGCUUCCUCCUUGCAACACAAAGACCCUCCUCCCAUCCUGGGAGAAGAGAAUAUUCCUCUUUAGACUCUUUCCACCCAGUGUUUUCAGGAUGAGUCAAUAUCCUGAAGCAAGAAGGGUACCAUGGAAAAAGCCACACCCAGUCACCCUCUUCCUCCCCCUCUUUUUCUUUCCUCCCCACUAGGAACUGUUACCCUAAAGCAGAACUCUUCCUUCCCUUAUCUCUUAGUUUAUACCCACUUCCUGCAAGCUAAGGGGACCCUCCUGCAUUGUGGGAGUCUCACAGGCAACCCCUUCCUUGGUACUGAGGAAGAUGGCUACAGUUUUCUGUGAUUCUUGGACAUUUCUCUGGUAUUAAAAUCCAUCUCUGAAA